AAAAGGAACGGGUUGUCGAACUUGAUAAUUAGGGCAUCUUAAGUCAUUCUCAUAAUUCUUCUUCGGUUGUGCGUCAGGAUAGCCGACACGGUACUACGGCACGCGCGCGAGCGCACUCUCUCUCUCUUUCUGUGUCUCUUCCUAUCAGAGCGGCGCGCGCGCGCGCGCGGGUAAAAAAGAGUGAUUCUAGUGUUUGCCGGAGAGUGGUGAAGCAGCACGCCGAGGGAGGAAGUGGUGGACGUCGACAACGACGAUAACGAUUACGAUCACGAUCACGACGACGACCACGACCACGACGACGACGACGAAGAGGAAGAGGAGGGUCGAACCUGUCUUAACGAGUCUGCGCUUAACGGGAGCCCGGCACCAUGUCCGACAUCAAGGUGGAGAGCAAGAGCGAGAACAGCGUCGACGACGCGGUCAAGGAGGAAUCGCCAGAGGAAAAGCAACCCGUGGCUAAAAGUAAACGAAGUGGUACGAAAAGGCUUUCAACAUUAGAAAAAACGGCUCAAGAAGCUGAUGUUAUACUGAAGGGUCUGAAUUCAAGUGUUGGUGAGAUCGAGGGCAGAAGGCGCACGCGCAGCUCAGCGCGAGGCGUCGUCUCGACACCAGCCCCAUCGCCCCCGAAGAAGGAAAAACGUGAGCCACGCACUGGUGGCGGUCGGGGUCGGGGGCGCCCUAAGAAGAGUAAUGAAAACGAUGAGGAGAACGCUGCUGCGUCUAACAACAAGGCCAACAACGACAAAGAUGAGGAGUCAAAAAUGGAUGUGGAUGAGGGCCCCGACGAGAAGGACGGCACUAAACCUGCUGUGAAUGAUAAGGACAGUAAAGAGGAGUCGAAGAAAGAAAUUCAGACGGACGGAAACAAUGGAACUGUCAAAAAUGAUAACGUUUCCGAAGAAUUGGAAAACAAUAGUAAUUCCGUAGAGUCAAAGAAAAACGCAGUGGAAGAAUCCGUAGCGACAGCGGUGAGCAAGGAUGAAGUAGCCAAGGCCAAUUCAGAAAAUACGACGGAAGCGUCGAGUAAAGGAACAACGGAUGCAUCAGUAUCGGAAGCACCGAAUGCCGUGGCUGUCGAAAAAACCAAUACCACCAAUGCCAGUAAUACGUCAGUAGCUGAUGAGCAAAAAGAAUAAUAUAAUCUUAGCUGAGCGCAUCAC